AUGCCCCCGCUUGCGCGCUACGAGACCCCUGGUGCCGCCAGCGUCCACAGCUGGUGGUCGGACGCCAACCCCGGCGGGGCGACGAUCAACCUGCACACCGUCGCCCGCCCGCUCGCGCAUGCGCUCCCCCUCUCCGGCGAGCUCGUGGACCGGUACAUGGCGUUCUUGGCGUGUGACGUCAAAACUGUUGGCGUCUCAACGAAGAACAUCAUCCUGCGGGAUCUCAUAUACCGCCUGGAACUCCUUCGCCAGCGUCUAGCGCAGCCGCUCCACACUGAUAUACUGUGUGAUCUGCUAGCAUCCGCGCACUUUGGGAUCCACUUACGUAGCUGCUCUGUCGUUCGCCGUCUUGCAAACCGCAUGUUGCCCGAGUCUCGCUCAUUCAUCAUCCAAUGUGCCAACACUCUUUGUCAACUCAUCCCUCCCCCUGGCCGUUUCACACAUAGAUACACGCUGGAAACCAUGGUGGCACUGUGUGUGACAGACAUUGGUGCAAAUGCGGUAGCCGAAGUGCUGGAGACCUCGCCCACAUCUGUAGAUGCUGCGGACUUUCUCCUCCGUGUCAUCAAGCACCUCGAUGGGGGCGUCACUUGCAUGCAGGCGAUUGCAUCCAUGGCAGGGGAGCUGGUCGAGCCUGGCAAGAUGGUCGUCCCCUGGUCUUCUCUUAUUGCCCCACAUGAUGCUCUUAUGUGUGCAGCCAAUGCAUUAUGCCGGACCAUCGCCAUUCCAGACACACCAGGUACACCAGACACACCCCUCACCGUCCUCAGACAUGCUCCGGCAAUCCUGGGCGAGUCCGAGAACUCUCCUUGCCGGCGUGAAUUUUUGUACUGGUUCAUUGCAGAGCUUGCGCUCAGCCGCAGCGCCCACGGACUCGGACUGUCAUCACUUCCCAUCACAGGCCUUGUCAGGUCUCUGAAGACGGCAGUCAAGGAAGCCGAUAUGGACAUGCGGAUAUAUGCUGCGGCAAACUUUGCACUUGAGCAGAUGCAGGUCUACGAGCGACGAUAUCAGCGCCUGGGGCAGUAUACCGCCAAUGACCUUUCAGCCGCGGGAUGGCUGGGAAAUCCACGGCAGGCACCCGGUGUGACACCCGGCUGGAUCCAUGAUCGACCCCAUCUGUCAUCCAUGUUUGGACGCAAAUGGGUCCAUGCCGGGUCUAGAGUGUCUGGAAAGCAGCCAAAUAUGCAGGAAAACACAAUAUAG